AUGGAAAAGUGGAAAAAUAAAAUUGCAGUAAUUACUGGAGCAUCAAGUGGAAUUGGAUUGGCGAUUUUAAAAGAUUUAGCAAUAAAUGGAAUAACAGUUAUUGGACUAGCAAGAAAUGUCGAAACGAUUGAAUAUUUUAAAAAUGAUUUAGGAGAAAUUAAGGAAAAGAUUUUUACUCGAGCAUGUGAUGUUUCUAAUGUAGACUCAUUAAAAGAAUCAUUUGAUUGGAUCGAAAAAGAAUUUUCGUGUAUACACAUAUUAAUAAACAAUGCUGGAAUAUUACAUAAUUUGAGCAUUCUUGAUUCGAGUGACGAGGUAACGGAGAAAAUAAACAGUGUUAUCAGCACAAAUUUUACGGGUGCAGUUCAUUGUGCGAGAAAAGCUAUCGCUUUGAUGAAAAAUUCAAACGAUUAUGGAUUGGUAGUAAAUAUAAACUCGAUCGCUGGUCACAAUGUUUACAGUGGAUUAAAUAUUUCCAACGUUUAUUCUCCAACUAAAUUUGCAUUAACAGCAUUUAGUGAAAUUUUAAGACAAGAGUUAAUUACAAAUGGAAAUGAUAAGAUUCGAGUUUCAAAUUUAAGUCCAGGUGUAGUCAAAACAGAAAUAAUGGUUAGAGGAAAAAUUUAUCCUUCAAAGGAUACAUACAAUGAUGUUGCUCAUAUUUUUGCUGAGGAUAUUUCACAUGGAGUUUUGUACCUGUUAAGUACACCAUGGAAUGUAAAUGUAUCUCAAAUAACAAUUAAGCCUUUAGGUGAAAGAAAAUAA